AUGGAAAUUGAAGAAGUAUUCCUUGGAUUUUCGGAAGUGGACGAUCAUUCCGCUGUUGGUUUAUCAACAAAAAUUAAGCAGCUAUUACAUAAUAAUAAUAUGGAUCUAUUACAGUGUCGUGGACAAGGGUAUGAUGGGGCAAGAGUAAUGAGUGGCGCAUAUGGUGGAGUUCAAGCCCUUAUCAGACAAGUACAGCCUAAUGCACUCAUUAACAGAUGGGAUUUACUAUCAAAAUUUACUGGGGAAUCUACCAUCACUCUAAAAAAAUUAAACCCUACUCGUUGGGCAGGUCGAUAUAUGUCACUGUUGGCUAUUAAAUUGAGAUAUAUUGAUAUAAUGAAAGCAUUAAAUGAAAUAAAUUUGAAUACUCAUAAGCUAGAUGAACGAAAUGAAAAAUACUGUCUCAACUUAAUUUGGUAUCAAAACUCCUUCAGUCAAAAAAACGUGGACCUUUUAAAAGCUACAGACAAUUUAAAAAAUGCUAAAACAAAUUUAGAAAAAUUCAGAAAUGGAUAUGAAAGCGCAAAAGCUAAUGCUCUAAAUAUUGCUAAAAAAGAUAUAAUAGAAUAUUCACAAAAAAUUCAAUUAAAAUAUAGUAACGAUUUAUCAGCUGAAUUUCCCCAGCAAUUAGUUAUGCUAGUUUCAAUGACUACUAUAAAAGAAGAAUUAGCCAUGUUAAACUCAAUAAAAGAAUUUUUAGAGUUUUUAAUAAAACAACCAUUACUAAAUUCAAGUGUUCCAGAAGUAGCAACCGCUUUAAUAUUAUUUUUAACAUUACCAGUAACAUCAGCCAAUGCCGAACGAUCAUUUUCAAAGUUAAAAUUAAUAAAAAAUUAUUUAAGAAGUACCCAAGAACAGGAACGCCUUAGCGAUUUAGCAAUCUUAGCCAUAGAAGCUAAAGAAGCAGAGAAAAUGGACAUAAAAGAACUAAUAAAAACAUUUUCUGAACUGAAAGCUAGAAAAAAAAAACUUUUAAUAGACACUUUGUAG